AUGAGCACAUGUCUGGAAUCUGCAACACUAGGCACCACAACUCUUGGAAAUGAGACGGAUCGCCUGGCGCUUCUCGACUUCAAGAAAAGAAUCACUGAAGAUCCUCUCCAUGUCAUGAGCUCGUGGAAUGAUUCCAUCGAUUUCUGCAGUUGGGUUGGCGUUACAUGCAACCGCGCCACCAAAAGGGUUGUGAUUCUGAAUCUCAUGUCUCAAAAAUUGGUAGGCUCCUUACCGCCCUCUAUAGGCAAUCUUACUCAUCUUACUGGAAUCAACCUGAUGGAGAACAACUUUAGUGGUGAAAUUCCUGGAGAAAUGGGUCGUCUACGAAGCUUGCAACAUCUCAACCUGUCUUACAAUUCAUUUGGCGGGAAAAUUCCAGCAAACAUAUCUUAUUGUACUCAACUUAGAACGCUCCGUCUAGCUGUCAAUCAGCUUAUUGGUUCGAUCCCGGACCAGCUCAGUUCUCUGUUGAAUUUGAAUUUUCUACUGCUUGAUGGUAACAAUCUCAGUGGAACAAUCCCAGGUUGGAUAGGAAACUUUUCAUCUUUGAGAAGUCUCUUUCUUUCCCGAAAUAAUUUUCAAGGGAACAUACCCAUUGAACUGGGGCAUCUAACAGUCUUGCAGAAUUUCUCGCUUGGGGAGAAUAAUUUGUCUGGUAUGGUCCCUUCUUCUAUCUAUAACAUUUCUUCCCUGUACAUUUUCAGUGUUGUUGGCAACCAUAUGCAUGGAGAGUUACCACCAAAUGUCGGCGUUACUCUUCCUAAUCUCCAAGCAUUUUACUGUGGUGCCAACAACUUCACAGGACCUAUUCCUGCAUCAUUCUCAAAUGCUUCUGGACUUCAGAUCCUCGAUUUUGCGAUUAAUCGUUUCUCUGGACCAUUCCCUGCUGAAAAUCUUGGAAGCUUGAGGAGCUUGGUUAAAAUAAACUUUGGUCGCAAUCGACUGGGAAGUGGGGAGAAUGGCGACUUGAAUUCUAUCAGCUUCUUGACUAAUUGUACUAAGUUGAAGCUGCUGGGGCUUGACAAUAAUCAGUUUGGAGGAGAACUGCCGGGAUCUAUAGCCAAUCUUUCCACUCAACUGACUCUUCUUACUUUCGGAAGCAAUUUGAUAUAUGGAAGCAUCCCCAACGUGUCCCUGAUGGCAUUGGGAAGCUCCAGAAGUUACAGAUACUAG